GCUCCUUCAAGCAUCCCGUCCACCUGCCCUCUCAUACACAGCUCUGCGGCGGCCAAAGUCAAACGGCCCCAUGGCCCGUCAGCGGACCCACACGCCGUCCGUGGCGUGCAAGGGCCUCAAGUCCGCGAGCCGCAAGAAGCUGGCCAAGACCGAGCGCCAGCAGCGCGAUGCGACGAACAAGGCGCUCAUCGCAAAGGCCAACGCGGACACGGACCUGCUCGCCGGCACCGAGGUUGUCCGGGACAUCGGCGAGAAGUUCGAUGUCCACUUCGAGGCCGUGGCCGGCGCCCAGCUCCAGGCGUCCGAGGUGGAGGCCUGCCUGAGCCUGCUCUCGGCCUCGCCUGCUCUCGCCGAAGCGGCUGGCUGGAAGCAGGAGGAAGCGGAGCGUCGCUCCGCGCUGGCGGCGCCGGACACGCACGUGCUGCUCCUCCGCAAACGUCCGCUCCCCGACGAGCCGCCGGCUCUCAGCGACGCUGAGGCUGAGGGGUGGGUCGUUAUUCACCACCCGGUCGAGCCUAAGGACCUCGGCCGGCUGGCGCCGCUGGCGCCGCCACCGCAACCCUUCACGCAGGCGGCGGGCCUGGGCGGCGGGCGCGAGGCGGCGCGCGGCGAGAUCGUCGGCUUCCUCCAGCUCCGCUUCUGCAUUCAGUCGGACCGGCCCGUGCUGCACCUGCAGGAGCUCGAGCUCGCAGAGCCGGUCCGCGCGUCCGGCCUUGGGGAGCACGCGAUGCAGACGGCGGAGGAGCUGGCCCGCAAGCAUUGCAUGAGCGGGCUCGUACUCACCUGCCUCAAGAGCAACCCCGCCCUCUCCUUCUACUGCGACAAGUGCCGCUACUCGGUCGACGAGACGAGCCGCAGCGCUGCUAAGGAGUACGUCACUCUCUCCAAGGGCGUGCCCGCCUAAGUCGAGGUCCAGGAGGAGGUGGUGGGGAGGGGACUGGCCGGCCGCCGCUACGGGCGGCGCUCACGCCCCGCGGCGCGCCGCCUUGCUGGCUGGCCCGGCCCACGCAUGAUGUUUGGUCUCACGGGGUUCUCGGGGCGACUGGCGAGUGUUCUUCCGACGGAAUGGCGGCCGGCUCGUGGGCUCGAUUGCCCGCGAGCGCUCCUCGGCCCUUUCUUGCUGCAGAGCGUGAUCCCCAUCGGCGACCGGCAGGCAACCACCUGGCUUAGUCAUCUGAAGGUUGCCACUUUAGUGAACUUACUCCCGUGCCCCCGCGUUUUGCGCGCGAACCGCGAGGCCGGGUGCCUACCGGGUGUGCACUUUUGCUUCUCUCGUCGUUUGCAUUCCCCUGUUGUUGCAUUCCCCCGGGUAGGGCGGGCUUUUCUUGCUUGAACAUCCCACUAUACGUAAACUGUCG